AUGGAAAUGACCAUACCAGUCGGGUUUGUUUGGAUACGACUGUGGGGAGAGGUACGGUAAUUUAUUAUAGUAAAUUUAGAUGCAAUGUAGGUUAUAGAGCGAUGGUGAUCAGUUCUUGAAAACUUGUGUUACUGUAGCUUCUAAGAGCUUAAAUUUCUGUAUUUUUGUUUGAAUUAUGUACUCUAGACUUUAAAUUUUAAAUACUGUAUUUUUUCCAUUUAAGUUCAUUGUAAAUAUGCAAAACUAAAAUUACGGUAAUUCAAGAGUUACUGUUAAGUAUAAUUACCUCUUACAAUUAAAAUUAUAUUGUUUUAGAAUGGGGUCAUGGGUAGUACGACUCAUGUACGCUACGUCGUCUAUUACGGCUGUAGCGCUAGUUACCUUGGUAUGUUUGAUACCUAUGUUGUUGAAAGACGUUGACAAAAUGCAGAUUGAAUGGGAAAAGGACUUUGUGGCUGUUCAGGUAAGCCUCAGGCUAUUUUAGACUAUACUUCUAUGUACUGAAAGUAUACUGUAACAUUUACGUCUUUUAUACUGUAUACUAUAACAUUUAUGGCCCAUAUACCCAACUUUUUUGCCGUAACCAUAACUAUAAGAAGAAACACCUUGCUGUAUAACACCUAAUUCCAGAAAAUGUCCAACGAAUUAUGGGACGAUUUAGUACUAUUGGGAGCUAAGGUUCGUACUCCACGUGAUCGUCUUCGUAGACAGUAUGAAAACUUUGCUUCCGGCUACCAAGGAGCCAACUACAAUAGCCAAGUUAACAACUACAACAGUCCGAACACGAAUUAUAACAACGAUGCGUACGAAGAGCCGCAUCAACCAUACGAAGCACCAGUGGCACCAGUCUAUGGCUACGGAUUGGCUCGGCUGAAAUGUGAGUUGUUUUUGAUUUUUGCAACAUUGCUUAUGAUAUUUACAGUAUGUUUUUGAGGGUAUGGCAGGUUUUAGUUUUUAGGGUUUAAGAAUUUUUAAAGCCUUAAUUACUGUAUUUAUGACUACUGUAACAAAAAUGUUAAUUUUAUCAUCAAAACUAUUAAAAAUUAAAUUCUUUUGACUUUUUGACCGGGUUCAGUAAUUAAAGCUUGAAUUCCAGGUUGCUGUGCUAUGAAGAACAUUGACUACGAAGGCGCUCACCGUGACCUUCCAGUAUCGUACAAGUGCCCUAUUGGUAAGAAAGGACCACCAGGACCAAGUGGUGAAUCUGGAGAGCCAGGUAAAGAUGGGCAACCUGGAUUCGAUGGAGAAGAUUACCCAGUACAGGCUGUUAAGUAAGUAAAAGAGUUUAAAAUUCGAAAUUUUUUUUAAAUAAAAAUUUCUACUUUAAAAGAGCUUAUUUUGUUAUUUCUUGUCAUUGUUACCUAAUUAUAUGUUGUUUUAGUCUCAACUACAACAAUGACAACUCAGCAGCAGCUUUUGACGAAGGCUAUGGGUUAGUGACAACCGGCUCAAGUUCAAAACAGAGAACAUGUGAACCAUGCCCAAGGGGACCACCUGGUCUACCUGGUCCCAAAGGAUCACCAGGCCCAGGCGGACCUAAAGGAGAUCAUGGAAUUCAGGUGAGGAUUCUGGGGAAUUUUUGGCCAAAUUUAAGAAAAAUUGGCAUUUAUAUGGUGUGUUUGACCUUUUAACGCAAAGAUCAAGUCUAUGUACCUUCAGACCUAAAUUUUAAACUUUCUAUAAACUUUUUGACCGCAUUUCAACGAAAUUUCUUCUAGGGUAUUCACGGCAUUCCCGGAAUCCCAGGCAACGCCGGACCUCAAGGAAACGUUGGUCCACGUGGUAAAUCCGGCCACACCGGACUACCGGGCCCACGUGGUGCUGACGGUCAAGCUGGUGCUAAAGGACUGCCAGGAAAACCUGGUCAAUCUGGCUAUAUUGGAGUACCUGGGCCACGUGGUGUUUCUGGUCCUACUGGUUCUUCUGGUCGUGACGGAAAACGGGGAAUUGUCGGAAAAGUGGGACAAAAGGGACAACGAGGACUGGAUGGUGUUGAUGGGCCACAAGGACCACCUGGUCCACCAGGAAUUGAUGCUGGUUAUUGUAAAUGCCCGGACAGAGUUAGGGAUGUUAAUGUUGGCACUGGCAAUGGGUGGGUUUUGAAUUUUUAUUUAUCUUUUUUACUUUCGAAAAUUUUAAUGAAAAAUUAUAAAGAAAUGGUCUUAUCUUUACUUUUUCAACUUAAAAAGUACUAAAAACACAACCUUAAUCACAAAAACCUAACUUAUACCUUAUUUUAGAUACGAUGAGCCCACUUACAGUCCAGUAGCCUCAUACCCUUCAAGUAACACAUAUUCCUCGACCAACCAAGCCAAAUCCCACUACUCUUACCCUUCUACAGCUACUCAACCAGCUAAACAAGUAGCUGCACCAUCUGUAGCCCCCGCUUCUGAACAGGAUGUUAAUGGAGGAUACGGUGGAUAUUCUUCUCAAAUUGGAAGGGGAUACGGUAGUGUAAACGAGGCCGCUUAUAAUCCUAUGAAAAUUGGUAGGGUUGGCUAGGCUUUCGUAAUUUAGAUAUUGUAUAAGGCAAUACUUUAGGAUGUUGGAAAAAUUUUGUUGCUUAUUAACGUAAAAAGCUUUGUUUAAAAGCGAGAAGACAAUUUACCUUUUAAUUUUAUAGUGUAUUGCCUUCUUUUUAGACCCAAGAACAAACAUCAAGCCCAACAACAAUGUCUACACCAGCGAAGUUCAUGUCAACGACCUCCAAACUACACCAGUAUCCAGCUCUUACUAUCAACAAGGUGCUACUCCAGGUCAACAAGAACCUCCAGUACGAUCCUCGGUGAACUACAAUUAUGCCCCAAAAGCUGUCCCAGUCCAGCCGGCUGCUUCUUACUCUCCCACAGCUAAUGAAGAAGACUAUCCUUUCUUGAGUAACGAUUGGAACGAGCAAAGGAAACGACGUCUUCUUCAACGGCAACGUCAACGAUAUGUUGGACGAAGCUGA